AUGGAGCAGGUAGACGUCCUUGUUGUGGGUGCUGGUUGGUAUGGAUUGGUAGCAGCACAAACGUACCUGAAGCUUGCCCCAGAGACUAACCUUCUCGUGGUGGACGAUGGGGAGACAAUUGGUGGGAUCUGGAGUCAGGAGCGGAUCUACCCCAGUCUCUACGCGCAGAUCAACUAUCCUCUCUUUGAGUACUCCUUCUAUCCGAUGAAGAAGGAAGGUAUCUCUUCGGACGGCUUCAUCUCCGGGCAAGCUAUCCACAACUACCUGGUCAGCUUCGCCAAAGAUCAUGAUCUCAUGCGUCACGUUCGCCUUCAGACUCGUGUGACUCAAGUGCGCAGAAAUGCCAACCACCAAGGCUGGAUCGUGGAGACGCAGUCUGGAGAGCGACCAAUUGAAUGCAAUAAGUUGAUCUAUGCCACGGGGGCUAAUUCCAGCCCAAUCCGACCGGAAUGGCCUCGAGAGAAUUUCGAUAAACCCGUCAUCCACUCUCUAGACAUGGCCACAAAUUUGUCCCUAGUUGAGAGCGACGCAAUCCAGCGAGCCACAGUGGUGGGAGCUUCAAAAUCAUCUUAUGACACUGUAUACCAGCUGCUCAAAGCUGGGAAGAAGGUUGACUGGAUUAUCCGACCCAGUGCCUCCGGAGCGUUUUCCAUAUUCGCCCCGACGUUCAUGGGUUUGUGGCAUAUAUCGGAUCAUAUCUCUACUCGAUUUGCAUCCAGCUUUAGCCCUAGUAUCAUGAGUUGCACUGGGCUCUGGGAUAGCUUCUUGCAACGCACUAUGGUUGGGAGAUCACUUACGCGUGUCUAUUGGCAAGUUGCCACGGGCCUGGCAGCGAGAUAUGCGCGGUUCGGGGAUAGUGAACAUACCGAGCAUCUGCGGCCUUGGCCUCACACGGAUGGACUUUUCUGGGGCAGUGGGGGUAUCGGGAUCGCGACCGUGCCCGACUUUUGGCAGGUCAUCCACGACGGCGACGUCACCGUGCAUCGCACGGAGAUAGAGUCACUCUCGCACCUUGAUGUGGUCAACCUGAAGAACGGAUUUUCCGUGCCAACUGACAUAGUGAUUCAUUGCACUGGAUUUGAGAAGGGUUAUAGCACGUUCAGUCCGCUGCUGCAGGAAGAAUUAGGUCUCCAUUACGACUCCUCCUCGUUUUCCAGGUGGACGGUGUUGGAUGCGCAAGCAGAACAGAAGGUAAAUGCACAGCUGCCCAUUCUGAACAACUCCCCUUUCGAUUCGCUGGAGCACAAAAAGCAUAGUCAAGGGCCAAAUCGGCAUUACCGUCGUCUCAUCGUUCCAGAGCUGGCAGCCAAAGGGGACAGAUCGAUCUUAUUUCCAGGUCACAUCCACUCUGCCUUCACGCCGCUGGCAGCAGAACUUCAAGCCCUUUGGGGGUUUGCGUUCUUGAACGGCUGGAUGGAAGUUCCUGGACAGGAGGAAAUGGAGGUGGAGGCGGCAACCUUUAACGCGUGGACCCGCAAGAGAUAUAUUGAACAGGGAAAGAAACAUUCAUACUUUAUUUACGACUACAUCUCGUACUUGGACACUCUCAUGAAAGAUCUUGGCCUCAAUCCACGCCGGAAGAAGACUUUUUUCGAAGAAUGGUUCAUUCCGUACCGGCCACAAGACUAUCGAGGUCUAAUUCAGGAGUAUUUGACCGUCCAUUCACGUAGAAUUCCCGAGGAGAAGGAAACGCAAAACCAAGAAGUGAAGGUGGUUCCAUCCAAGAAAGGAAAUGAGCUGUCAAAUGGACAUCGAGAGUUGACUGGAGAUGAUGAGCUUACACGGAGUUGA